AUGUCUACCGAGGCCGCUCCCCCGCCCGUAACCCCUACCGAUGAGCAGCAAAAGAAACCGGAGGAACCUCGGCGGGCUUCGACUAUUCAUAGCGAAAGCUACAUGAAGAAGCUGAACCUUGUUUUUCGUUCCAUGAAGCGAUCCAGGGAUUUCUUUGCAGCUGACUACCAGGCUUAUCCGGAAGUCAACGAGAAAGGCGAUGAAUUGAUGAAGGGCAUCAAGAAACGGAACGAAUAUCGCCAUGUACUCAACCACGUCGAUGAGGCGAGGCGCAAGAAGGAGGAUGAGAUUAUGAAGGUCCCAACCGCUUCUGGAAUCAUAGCGGAUGUGGUUCGACAAGGCGAAGUGCUGGCUAUUACCGGAGGCGAGGCGGGUCAAGCAAAGAAAUCAGCAUCCGGAGGACAAUUGAUCUCCACUCUGCCAGUCGGGUCUCAGCCACGCGCUGAGGAUAACACUACGAGAGCCCUCCUUCCCUCGAAGGCGCCGGUGAUGAUUAAGCCCAAAUGGCAUGCUCCAUGGAAGCUCUAUCGCGUGAUAUCGGGACAUACCGGCUGGGUGCGUUCGGUCGACGUUGAGCCUGAGAACCAGUGGUUUGCUUCCGGAGGCGCAGAUCGUAUCAUCAAGAUUUGGGAUCUGGCCAGCGGCAAGCUUCGCCUAUCGCUGACUGGUCACAUCAGUUCGGUUCGUGCAGUCAAAAUAUCGCAUCGGAACCCCUACCUGUUUUCGGGCGGAGAGGACAAGCAGGUGAAAUGUUGGGAUCUCGAGUACAACAAGGUCGUCCGGCAUUACCAUGGUCAUUUGAGUGCCGUGCAAGCGCUCGCCGUCCACCCGACACUUGAUGUGCUCAUUAGCACGGCUCGCGAUUCUACCGCUAGGGUGUGGGAUAUUCGUACGAAAUGCCAAAUCCACUGCCUGAGCGGCCACACAAAUACCGUUGCCGAUGUCGUUUGCCAAGCUACAAACCCACAGGUUAUUACUGGGUCACACGAUUCUACCGUCCGUCUUUGGGAUUUGGCUGCGGGCAAAACGAUGUGUACUCUCACCCAUCAUAAGGUA